AUGAAACUUGAUGAUGUCUCUGACAAUUUCAACAUACUGGACCUCCGCCACGCUCUUUCGGCCUUCUUGCAAUGUGAUAUGAGGAACGGAAACAUGAUCCAUGGAGUUGCGGUUCCAAGAAGAUCACUUAUUGACCAUCCUCCAAUCCUUCCCUUUGAUCGAGUCCAAGUAUGGCACACUGUUCGCUUACAACAGGUUUCAUACCAUGAUUUGAGUGUUGCCUUACCGGCCCAAACCUUGCACGCCUCUCCUUCAUCCCCCGAGUGGUUGAAAGGCCGAAGGGAUGCUGUCCUUGUGAAUAUUGAUGGACAGUAUGAAUGGCCCCAGUCCGGGUUAAAAGGACACACCAUCUGCGAAUUGCAGCUCAUCAUGCGCCCGAUGCCUCGACGAGGUUCUCGUAUUGGAUGGCAAGAUCAGUACCUGUGUUAUGUCCAUAACAUGAAGAUUGGCGCGGUUGACCCUGUAACUGGAAUGCACGUUGUGAAACGUGCUAAGCAUGCCAAUAGUUCUCCAGUGGGUGAUAUAGUUCCCCUUCGGCAAGUUCGUUCAUUCAUCAACCUCAUUCCUCAAUUUGGGGCAGUAGCGGAUGCGCGGUUGAUGAAAGCAACUUCAUCACAUUAUUCUUCAUCUUUUUUUUUGAACAAGUAUUUUGAUAAGCAGAUCUAUGAUACUCUUUACUACGCUUCACAAGGAUAG